UUCCACAAAAGAAUCCAUCUCUGUUUCAAUAAAGAAUUCUCAGAAGACAUAUUUGGACGAACGUAAGAACAUUGAGAAUAGAGCUUCGACUCUUCCCAGGACAAGGUCCAAAUCACACACCUCUCCAGCAGUUUCUCAAAAGCCCGGCAUCUGUGUUCUUUCUCCUGCCUCGAAACCUAAUCCUCCUUCUACUGCCCCCGCCGUGAGGCCGAAGCCAAACAGCUGGCUUACCGCCCCAGACCCACAGAGCCAUUCUUCUCCUUCACCCACUGUGACCGGACCAAAACCAAGCAAAUCUCCAACUCUGUCCGUCCCUAUAAUCCGACCUAAUCUCUCUCCAACCCUGCUGUGUAAAAUGAUGCUGCCGGGGAGCUAUGGAGCAAAACGCAAGACGACCCCGGUUGUAGCAGAGAAAAGGAGAGUUCAAUCCAUUGUGAACUCUAACACCAGAGACCUGCCAGUGCCUACCAAACGAUGGUCCCCAGUGGGAACAACACAAGGCGUUCUGGACCAAGACACGCUGGUGAACUUUACUCGAUUGGAAGGUGGUAGGGGAGCAUCCAGGAAGGCCUUCAACAAGGAGUCUGGUCAUCACACUGUCUGUGAUAUGACACCAAAUAACUUUUGGCCAUUGCAAUGCAAAAUAGGUUUCACCAAAGAAAAGGAUAAUGGAUUAUUUUUUCUUGAGAAACCAGAAAUUACGAAGGAAAAUGUUGAUAAAACAGACCUUCAAACGGGAGAAAGGAAAUACACUCAAUCAGACUCUGAAGACGAUGUUGGGAAAGAAUGUGAUCCACUGAAUAUUGGACCCCACAGUUCAUCAAACCUCAGACUCAAAAAGAAGUAUGAAAACUAUCUAGAGAACACAACGUGUACAUUGACCAAAAGUGUUCCUGAAACGUGGAAUAAUUUCACAACCGACUCUAAAAGUAAGAAGUCACAGGUGGAAGAAUGUCCUGUCAAAUGUAUGGCUUCCAAAUCUGAAUUCACUGAAUUCACUGGAAGCAUGUCUGGAGAUUUGUCAGCCUUAAGGAGACAUGGGCUUUGGUCUGUUAUACAAAAUGAACCAACAGAUGCACGGAUUACAAAGCGAGGGGAAAGUUCCCUGGAACAGGACCCUCGAGGAUGGGACUCUAAACAAAGUGAAUUAAGUGGAUCGAAGGAACAACCGUACCUGGUGCUAAACCAAACCCAAGAGGAGUCCCAAAGUCGGCCUUUAACAAGAUCAAGACCUGUGGCUCCUCAAUACAACUCAACACACCCUAUCGACCCACAGCUACUAUAUCAAUUCAAUAAGUUGGAUCUCACAAAGUCCCUGGCGCAGUGUGCAAACAACCAAAGAACAACCCCUAGUUACCUGGAACCCCAUCAAGUCAAACGUGUAAGACCACAUGAUCACGGAGCACCCACACAGCUUCCAGCGUAUUCCUCCGAAAAGUGCGUUGCAAGCUGGCUAUCGUCCACAGAGGGUGACCCCUUCAAUAGAACCAGAGCUGGCACCGGCUCAAACGAGCUCUGCAGAAUGCCAUCACAACCCCAGGGGCCCGGCACACACACGGCAGCGGAGGGCCCCGUGGCACACACACAGGCCGCCGCCGCCCGGCCGAGCAGAGCACCUAUCACAGAGGAGCCAGAGGAGCCGUAUUACGUCACCAUGUAUAGCCCGGAUCAUUGGUAA